CUCAUGUUCAUUAGCCUGGUGUGUCUUGGAUUCUUCAUGGUCCAAAGGAUUGGGACACAAGUGGGUGGUCAGGAAAAGCCCUCCCUGUCUGCCUUGCUGAGCCGUAUGGCUCCUCUAGGAGGACACGUGAAUCUUCAGUGUCAGUCUCAUCGUGGGGUUAGCAUGUUCAGACUCUACAAGGAAGAUAGGGUCCGACUCCCUGAGCUCCAGGGCAAGAUAUUCCAAAACAAGCUCUUUAUGGGCCCUGUGACCACAGCACAUGCAGGAACCUACAGACAUCAGGUUUCUACUCUAACUCAUCCGCUCUGCGGAGUCUACAGAAAACCCUUCCUGGCUCACCCAGGCUCCCUGGUGAAAUCAGGAGGAAGCAUCAUCCUGCAAUGCUUCUCAAAGAUAGUGUUUCAGGCCUUCAUUCUGCACAAGGAGGGGUUAACUAAGGACCCUUUGUAUCUUAUUGUGGAGUUGGAUCAUGAGGGGUCCCCGGCCAACUUCUUCCUGGGUCCUAUGACACCUCUCCAUGCAGGAAUGUACAACUUCUAUGGUUCUGUCAGAAAUUUCUCUUCUCUUUGGUCAGCUACCAGUGAUCCCAUGGACAUCAUGAUCACAG